GGCUCGGGGGCUGGGGGGCGGGGGGAGAGGAGAGGAGGGAGGCACCGCCCCGAGCCCCGCGCUCCGGAAGUGAAGUGGCCAGACCACCAGCUAAUGGACGCGGAGCGGAGCAUUCGCUGACCGCUCUAAGCGCCAGGGGCUCCAAGCCGCCUUGCCGGGAGGCUUCUCUCCGAGGGUUCCUGGUGGCAGAGUGGAAGCCAUCGUCCCUCGGUUUGGAGUGAAGAGAAGCAUCGGAGAUCCGAGAGGUGUGGGAAAGGCAGUUGUCCCAGGCGCCUCAGGGUGAGCACACGUGGCUGCCAACAGCCUUGAGAAGACAGCAGCCACCGGACUGCAGAUCCACAGGCAGGGACCCGGUCAGAACCAAGACUCAAGCCGCCCACCUUGGAUCAGGUCUGAAGACAUACUGGGGAGAAGGCAGGGCUCGCUGGUCCAGAACACUGGAGACUGUCUUGGAGUGCACUCACCUGGGUGACACGUUUAGAACGCGCUGAAGGUAUUGGUAACCCGGCAGGGUUAGAGUGAGCAAGGGCCCGGGACAAUGGCGCUGGCACUGCUGGAGGACUGGUGCGGGAUGAUGGGCGUGGAUGAGCAGAAGUCGCUGAUGGUUACGGGGAUCCCGGUGGACUGCGACGAGGCUGAGAUCCAGGAGGUCCUCCAGGAGACCUUAAAGUCCCUGGGCAGGUACAGACUGCUCGGCAAGAUAUUCCGGAAGCAGGAGAACGCCAACGCGGUCCUGCUAGAGCUCACGGAGGACGCUGACGUCCCCGGGAUCCCCAGCGAGAUUCAGGGCAAGGGGGGUGUCUGGAAGGUGAUCUUUAAGACCCCCAAUCAGGACACGGAAUUUCUUGAAAGACUGAACCUCUUUCUAGACAAAGAGGGGCAGACCGUGUCGGGGAUGUUCCGAGCCCUCGGGCACGAGGGGGUGUCCCCCGCCGCAGCGCCCUGCGUGUCGCCCGAGCUGUUGGCCCACUUGGUGGCGCAGGCCAUAGCGCAUGCGCCUCAGCCCCUGCUGCCCAUGCGCUACCGGAAGCUGCGCGUGUUCUCGGGCAGCGCAGUUCCGGCGCCGGAGGAGGAGCCCUUCGAGAUCUGGCUGGAACAGGCCACGGAGAUCGUCAGAGAGUGGCCGGUGGCAGAGGCGGAAAAGAAAAGGUGGCUGAUGGAAAGCCUGCGCGGCCCGGCCCUGGACCUCAUGCACAUCGUGCAGGCGGACAACCCGUCGGUCAGCGUGGAAGAGUGUCUGGAGGCGUUUAAACAGGUGUUCGGGAGCCUGGAGAGCCGCAGGACCUCCCAGGUGCGGUACCUGAAGACCUACCAGGAGGAGGGAGAGAAGGUCUCAGCCUACGUGCUGCGGUUGGAGAUCCUGCUCCGCAGAGCGGUGGAGAAGCGGGCCAUCCCCAGGAACAUCGCCGACCAGGUCCGCCUGGAGCAGGUGAUGGCCGGGGCCAGCCUCAGCGAGGUCCUGUGGUGUCGGCUGCGCGAGCUGAAGGAUCAGGGCCCGCCCCCCAACUUCCUCGAGUUAAUGAAGGUGAUCCGGGAGGAGGAGGAGGAGGAGGCCGCCUUUGAGAACGAGAAUAUUGAGGAGCCAGAGGAAGGGGUGGGCUGGGAUCAUGAAGGAGGCCGCUAGCCACCCCCCGGGAGCGGGACCCUCCACUGGUCAGCCUGGGAUGUUCAGCUGAGACCUCAGUACCUUUUCCUUUAACGUAUGAAAUUGAAAUCGAGGCAUUCAAGCCAAUUCUUGAUUUUUUCUAAGGAAAAAAACAUGCCUGGGAGUUCUUAGACUCUAGGUAGAUUAUUGAUAAACAAAAGAUGAAAUAUCAAAUUCCAGUAAGCCCCAACGCAGUGUUUUCCAACCAUUUUUAUUACACAGCACACUUGAAUUUAUAAACUUUUGCAGCACCCUUAAAUUAUGUUGAUCCAAAAAAAGUUUUAAAAAGGAAUAUACUCUGCUCGGGAGGCUGAGGCAAGAGAAUCGCGGAAGCCCAAGAGCUGGAGGUUGCUGUGAGCCGUGUGACGCCACGGCACUCUACCGAGGGCGGUACAGUGAGACUCUGUCUCUACAAAAAAAAAAGGAAUAUACUUACUGUGUUUGAACUUCUUUCGAAAAUCAUUUAAUUAAUGAGCUUUAAAAGUUUUUGCAGCACCCCGGAGACCCUCUCACGGUACACCAGUUGAAAAUCACUGCCCUAAAGAAAUCUAGAACACUGUACUUCCUUUAAGUACCCCCAGACAGGCCAAAGUUUACCGUCCCAUAGAAGAAGAAUCAACAUUUGAAAAAAAAUGUAUCUUCUGCAGUAAAAUUUGAUAAAUGAAGCUGUUUGACUUGUCUGGUGUUUUCUUUCUCCAGCCAGCCAGUUCUCUCUGAGUACCUAGCAUCAUUGAGACUGGGGACAGUAGUUACAGGCUGCAGCUAAGUCCCCAGUAAACAGUUACAAACCCACCAAAUGGGCCAUGCCGGGGGCAGGCUCCAGUCUGGAUGAGCAGAUGGUCUGGACAGGUGAAGGACAACUAACCCCAAUAUAUUAUUAUGUAAAUAAUUUCAUAACCCAAAUAGAAGUGGCAUCACCCUACAAAUAGGACUAUUGCUGCUGGUAGGUUCCUUCCGUGUAAAGUAUUCCUCCCCUCAGAGGGUUCCAGAACAAGGUGCUGUGUCAGGUCCCAAGGACACAGGUGACUAGGAUCAGUACCUGCCUUCAAGAGGUCCUCAGUCUGAGAGAUGUCCCCAAAGGCUGCAUGUAAGAGAAGUUCCACCUCCACGUCACAUGCAUGAGGGGAGGAUGUGCAGGCCGGUCUGCUUAGAGAAGAAGGCUCUAGUGGUAACAGGAAAGGAAAGGAGCUCACAUUUAUUGAGGGCCUACUGUGUGCAAUGUCUUUCUCGUGUAGCUCAUUAAGUGUGUACAGCAAUCCCAUUGUGGUAAUAUUUUGCUCUUUAUAAAGAGAAAGAAACUGAGGCUCCGAAGGUUAAAUGGUCUCAACACCAAAAUACUGAGAAGCAGUAGAGUCAAAACAGAAGCCCAGAACUCCCAGACCAAACGCUAAUCCACUCUCUACCAUCAUAAUGGCUUUCAAAUUGUGCUCCACAGUUCUGCAGAGAUUUUUCAGCAGUUUCAAAAUGUAUUUUAAACUCUUUAAAUCUCUACAUAACAGGUAAGCUCAAAUGUGCUAACAACCAAAUUUUAACAUGCCAGUCUUCACUAAUAGGUUUGCUUUUAUUUCCAGAUUGACACAUUUUGUGCAGACCUCAAAACAAAGCUCCCCUGUGGUCUCUGCGCACGUAGAUGAACUACUUUUAAUUGUUAAUAGAUUUAAAAACCUGUAGCACCUGGUGGGUGUUUCCAUCCACCCGUGCAUGUCAUGCAAAAUGUGUGAGUCCAGCAUAAAUGAACACCAUUUAGGUACAUACAGCUUCAACACAAUUGACGGAUGGUCCCAUGGUAGAUUUGUAUGUACUAUGAACACGUGGCUUAGCUUCUCUGAUCAUCAGUUUCCUCGUGAAAAAUGAGAAGAUGAGGGCGGCGCCUGUGGCUCAGUGAGUAGGGCGCCGGCCCCAUAUGCCGAGGGUGGCGGGUUCAAACCCAGCCCCGGCCAAACUGCAACAAAAAAAAAAAAUAGCCGGGCGUUGUGGCGGGCGCCUGUAGUCCCAGCUGCUCGGGAGGCUGAGGCAAGAGAAUCGCUUAAGCCCAAGAGUUAGAGGUUGCUGUGAGCCGUGUGACGCCACGACACUCUACCCGAGGGCGGUACGGUGAGACUCUGUAUCUACAAAAAAAAAAAAGAAAAAUGAGAAGAUGAAAGUGUCGGAUUGUUAUUAGGAUCAAAUGACAUGAUGUCUGGAACAUAGAAAGAAGGUCCUUAAUACGCUGAGGCUGUUAUGACUUUUGUGAUGCUUAUGAUCUGCUCAAUGCAUGCUUCCCUUUAUCCUGACCGUUGGGUAGUAACAAGUAAAUAUGAAAUCUUCCAGUCAAAUUGUGAUAACAUUGCAUUAGAAACCUUGUCAGCUCUUAUUGUGAACUUGAGUGCUUGUCAUAUUUUAUAUUUGUGAUAAGUAUCCUAGUGGUCGUUGUUGAUUGUUAGAGGUUUGACUUUGAAAUAGUAAUUUAUUUUUUCUGAUUGUGGGUCCGUUUUAACUGGAGAAUACCCUGAGAUUGUAAGAUAAGCUUUUUAUGAAAAAAAAGUAUCAUUCAUGAUCAUGUAUCUUUCUAAAUUAUAUUUUCAAUACCAUUUGACCAAAGUGAUGCAAUUGACAUCCGUUACACUGAUUUCACGUGGAUUUUCUGUUCAUGAAAAUGGCUUCAUUGUUAUCACUUAUUGACAGUAUACAAAGUAAAAUGUUAUAAAUGUGAAGUUAUAAAAUAAAUAUAUGCUCAUAAAAAUCCUGCAUUUUUUUUU